ACCCCAUCCCCAUCCUUCCCCCCUGCCUACCUAAGACCUCGAUUAUUCUGCUCGCUCGCCAAGUCUACGGCCGGUCGUCUCCACCCUCUCGCCCCCAGCCACGCAGCCGCCGCAGGCCGGAGGGGGCGCCAUGGCCGCGUCGGAUCUGGAGAGCAAAGCCAAGGAGGCCUUCGUCGACGACGACUUCGAGCUCGCCGCCGAGCUCUACACCCAGGCCAUCGACGCUGGGCCCGCCACCGCCGACCUCUACGCCGACCGCGCCCAGGCGCACAUCAAGCUCGGCAACUACACUGAGGCUGUGGCAGAUGCUAACAAAGCGAUUGAACUUGAUCCUACGAUGCAUAAAGCCUACUACCGAAAAGGUGCCGCAUGCAUCAAGCUUGAAGAAUACCAAACUGCAAAGGCUGCUCUUGAAUUGGGUUCGUCCUAUGCAAAUGGCGACUCAAGGUUUACUCGUCUGUUGAAGGAAUGUGAAGAACGCAUUGCUGAGGAGGCUAGCCAGGCACCAGUAAAGAAUGUUGAGCCAUCUGCCACUGCUACUGUUGAUGACAAAGAGGAUGUUGCGAAUAUGGAGAAUACACAGCCAGUGGUCGAACCUCCAAGCAAGCCCAAAUACAGGCAUGACUUCUACAACAGUGCCACAGACGUGGUUCUGACAAUAUUUGCUAAGGGCGUUCCUGCUGAUAGUGUGGUUGUUGAUUUUGGUGAACAGAUGUUAAGCGUAUCCAUUGAAGUCCCUGGUGAAGAACCAUACCAUUUUCAGCCCCGUCUGUUCGCUAAGAUUAUCCCAGAGAAGUGCAAGUAUCAAGUCUUAUCCACCAAGGUUGAAAUACGCCUUGCCAAAGCUGAGCAGGUGACUUGGACUACCCUGGACUAUAGUGGCAGACCAAAGGCCCUUCCCCAGAAGAUAAGCACGCCAGCUGAAACGGCUCCAAGACCUUCCUACCCAUCUUCGAAGUCUAAAAAAGACUGGGAUAAAUUGGAAGCUGAAGUCAAAAAGGAGGAGAAAGAAGAAAAGCUUGAUGGUGAUGCUGCGCUGAACAAGUUCUUCCGCGACAUCUACAAGGAUGCCGAUGAAGAUAUGCGGAGGGCCAUGAUGAAGUCAUUCGUUGAAUCGAAUGGCACGGUUCUCUCAACAAACUGGAAAGAUGUUGGAUCAAAGAAGGUGGAAGGCAGCCCUCCUGAUGGAAUGGAGCUCAAGAAGUGGGAGUACUAGAGUUGGUCCACCCCAUCUUGUAAAUCCGGGUCCCGCGAGACAUCAUGACCUAGUUGCAGACUUGCUCGUCGCUGUCAAUUCACUCGGUUGGAUUUUGUGCCAUGCGCUUGGUCAAGUUUCUGCAUUUGUAAGGUGUCUGUUUGACGCUCUAGCUUGUCUGAGUACUACCUGUCCUAGUUCUGCUGGACACAUAGGGUAUGCUAUCUCUGUGGUAUCGAGUGCGGAACACAUUUGUGGUAACUGAUACUGCAAACUAUUAUAUGUGAAAUGUUAUCUUUUUGGCCUUA